AUGGUUACCGUGAGGCUCUCUGAGCCGCCGGCGCUGUCGCUGGACACCAACAACUGUCUCGAAAGCAAACAGCCCGACUCACCCACGCUGCCAACGGACAGUAACACGAACAGUGACACGAACAGUGACAGUAAGCCAGCCGACGAGGGCGGCCUCGAUGCGACAACCGCCUCUCGAAACUCGACCGCUACUUUGGCUGCCCCGGCAGAACCUAACCGCAGCCUUCAGGACGAGCUUGGAGAGUUUGACGAUGUCGAUAGCGAUUGCUCGGAUCCAGAGGAGGUUAACUGGGCGGAACUGGAAAAGACGGAAGAUGAACAGACCAAAGACGAAGAGACUGAUAAUUCCACCGCUUUGCUUCUGGCCCGUUUAGAACAGGAAAAUGCCAAGCUGGCGACAAAUCCAAAGACCGUCAAGGUCCAGCUUGUUGAGAAGCUUCAGCCUAGUAGACCGCGCCCGCCAUCGAUGGCUAAGCUCCGUAAGAUGGUUCGCGACCCUACACCCGCCGCGUUACGAUAUUCGAUGUUGCCCCCACCACCGAUGACAGAUCUUGAAUUCUACGCAGCUCUCGUCAAGGACUACCAGCAGACCGCGGCAAGGCUCCCCACGCUGCUGUCCAACAAGAUCCGCAAGGGAAUCCCUCCACCGUUGCGAGGCGUUGUGUGGCAGAGCAUGUCUGGUGCUCGCGACGCCAGCUUGGAGGAACAGUACGAGCGACUCAAUGGCGAAUCUAGCCCUUAUGAGGGUCUCAUAGGCAAGGAUCUCGGCCGGAGUUUCCCUGGUGUUGAAAUGUUUCGCGACCCUGAUGGUGAUGGACAGCGCAUGCUUGGUCGGGUACUCAAGACGUUUAGUCUGUAUGACACCAAGAUUGGCUACUGCCAGGGCCUCGCCUUUCUCGUCGGGCCUCUGUUGAUGCACAUGCCCGACAAGCAGGCAUUUUGCGUUCUGGUUCGUCUCAUGGAUCGCUAUGAUUUGAGGAGUUGCUUUCUGCCAGAUCUUUCGGGACUCCAUGUGCGAAUAUACCAGUUCCGAGAACUCCUGCGGGCUAAUCUCCCUAUGCUGUGGAGCCACCUGGAAGAUCUGCAGGUGGAAACGGCAUAUGUUUCGCAGUGGUUCUUGAGUUUCUUCGCGACCACAUGCCCCUUGCCGAUGCUGUUCCGGAUAUACGACGUUAUUUUCGCCGAGGGCGCUUCUGAGACACUAAUGCGCGUCGCGCUAUCACUGAUGCGGAGGAAUGAGACCAGGUUGCUGUCCUGCACCGAGCUAGAAGACGUGAUGCAGCUCCUUUUAUCCAGGGGUCUGUGGGACUGCUAUCAUUACAACGCCGACGAGUUUGUGCAAGAUUUCGGAAGCCUCACAAGCACAGUCACCCGAGAGAAGCUCGCCCAGCUCGAGCAGGGAUACCGCGAAUCUCUAGUCGCGACCGCCAAUACCGCUCGCACAUCUGACAUCGCAACAGCCGCAGCCCGAUUCCUCGGUCGCAUCUGGGCAUCGUCUGGUGCGUUUCCCAGAGGCUCAGGAUUGGUUCCGGGAUUGAGUGCGCCGUCACGGCCGCUGAGCAUGUUGCGUCGGAGCACCUCCAAACAGAGCCUUGCCUCGACUCUAAACUCAGUUGAGGCAAGCUCCAUGAGCGUCACGAGUUCAUCCUCGACGGAUGCCACCACCGUGUCGCGAGAUUCUUCAAACACAAAUGAGGACGAUUCCGGAAGCCGUGAAUCGACCCCAGUAGGACCCAAGGCCGCUCCUAGCACCAAUAAGAACACAGAAGAUAGGUAUCUGCAUAGCCAGAUCGAAGACCUCCUCACAGCACUGAGCGAGUUGCAGCGGAAUCAUGCGCUGCUGUCGAGCGAGCUGAAGCGUGAGCGAGAGGAGAGAGAGGAGGAUCGCAAGGCUGUGCGAUCCCUUUUGGAUGGACUCAGGAAGAGAGCCAGCGGCGGGGAUGAAGCAGCAGCAAGCGAAGGCGAGGAUGGAGCUGACAGCUCGACCGCUGAAGAUGCGACUGAAGAUGCAACUGAAGAUGCCAAAGAAGGGGAGGAAGAAGGAGGAGCAGAGAAGGAGUCUGAUGACAGCUCGACCAAGGCAAAGGAUGCGCCAUCCACCGAGGACCUUUCAGAGCUGCUCGAUCGCGUGGAGAGCCGCUUCGGAAAUGCAGAUGAAAACGACGACACCAAAAAGAAGGACAAACCUCAGUCGCCCUCAUCUGGUCAGAAGUCGGAACUGCAAGUCGAAUUAGAUCAAGCCAAGGACCAGCUAGCCAGUGCCAUGUCGCAGAAUCAGGACUUUAGCCGACGGAUCCAUGAUUUGGACCAGGAAAUGUCGUCUCUCAAAGAACAGGUUCGGGAAAGUCAUAGCCAUGUCAGAGCUCUCCACCAGGACAAACAGCGGCUGGAAAAGCAAAUACAAGCUAUGAGAUCGAGGCCGAUAUCCGGGGAUCCCCUUGGUGGCCGCGAUUCGGGAGCGGAGUGGACCCCGAAGCCACCCGCCGGCUUGAGGGAGUUUAAGCUUGGGCGUAGCAAGUCGAUGGCUGCUCAGGGCGCUACGAAUAAUAGACGAAAGUCGUCAUUGCUGCAGAGUAACGAUCUUGUCCCGCCGCCGCCAGCGUCGAUGCCAGCGACCCCAAUGGUGUCAAAUGAUGACAGUAGGUCAUCGACGAACGACCUCGACACGCUGCUCCUGGAUCUUGUGCAGGCCAAGACGGCGCAGGCCAUUGCGAAGCAGGAGGCUGAAGAAGCGAAACAGAAGCUGGAGGCGUUGAAAAAGGCUUACGGGCUACCAAACGAUUCUCCCAACGCUCCUAUUCCCCAGCUACGACAACAUCUCCCGGCACCGGUGGCUUCUGGGGUUGGCGCAGGUGAGACAUGA